CCCAUCAAUUCUUACCAAAAACCGCCCUCCAUCAACCGCCUCUCCUCUUUCCCACCUUUUUUCCUCCACUGCCAUUCUUACACUCACCGUUUUUCUCUUUCUUCAACCUCUUCAAUAAAUUCAUUCUUUUCUCAACUUACUGCUAUCAUUUUCUCCUUUCUUCUCACUUCUUCACUGAAAGAGUGAGAGUGAAGACUAAAUAACUUUUUUUUUAAAAAGAAAAAAAACAGAGAAAUUCAUGUUGCAGAAAUUUCAAGGAGAAGAAACUUAGAGACGUAAUCCUUGCCCUAACUCGGUGUUGAAUCGUUAAUUCAAACGAGUUAAUUAUUUCGAUUUCAUCUUGAAUUUUGUCUUUCCUACAAAGUGAUUUGAGAAAGAAAAAGCAGAAAAAAACGAAGAAUUUGUUAGAAUUACGUUCAUUUUUGUCUCUAAUUAACGCUGAAAUUUGGUUGAAGUCGAAAAAUUGCAAUCAGAAUUAAGUUUUUUGCUGAAAUCAUCAUUUUGUGACUUUGUUACUCUGUUUUUCUUGGACGUAAUUGAAUUUCUGUGAUACAAGUGGUGUAAUUUAAGAGUGAAAAAAAUGGAUCAGAAACAACUUUUAAUGUCGGCGGUAGGGGUAGGAAUUGGAGUUGGUGUCGGGCUUGGGCUGGCUUCCGGGCAGACGGUGAGCAAAUGGACGGGUAUUUCGUCGUCGUCGAAUGUGAUAACAGGAGAGAGAAUGGAGCAGGAGUUGCUAAGGAUGGUGGUUGAUGGAAGGGAUACUAAGGUUACUUUUGAUGAAUUUCCUUACUAUCUCAGUGAGCAGACAAGGGUUUUAUUAACAAGUGCUGCUUGUUUCUAUCUGAGGAAAGGCGACUUUUCCAAGUACACUCGCAAUUUAUCACCUGCAAGUCGGGCUAUUUUACUCUCAGGACCAGCUGAACUUUACCAGCAAAUGCUUGCGAGGGCUCUAGCACACUUUUUUCAGGCAAAGUUGCUGCUGUUAGAUGUUACUGACUUUGUACUGAAGAUUCAGAGCAAAUAUGGUGUCAAUAAUGAAUCCUCAUUUAAGAGGUCCACCUCAGAGACCACACUGGAGCGCCUUUCAGGUUUACUUGGAUCAUUUUCUCUAUUGCCCGCAAAGGAAGAACCCAAAGGUUCGAUAGGUUCUUUACGUCGUCAGAGCAGUGGAGUUGACAUUGCUUCAAGGAACUUUGAAGGCUCUUCUAAUCCUUCAAAGAUGCGCAGAAAUGCUUCAGCCUCGGCCAAUAUCAAUGAUUUGACUUCACAAUGCUCGCCUACGAAUCCAGCUCCUCUUAAGCGGACAAGUAUUGCUGUUGAUGAAAAGUUACUCAUCCAAUCACUAUAUAAGGUUAUGACCUCUGUGUCUAAAGCAUAUCCUAUCAUUUUAUACUUGAGAGACGUGGACAUGAUCUUGUUCAGAUCUCAAAAGCUAUAUAGAUUGUUCCAGAAAAUGUUGCAGAGAUUUUCAGGACCAGUACUCAUAUUAGGUUCACGUAUAACACAUCAAGACAGCAAUGAUGGUGACAUUGAUGACAUGCUUGUUGAUUUAUUUCCUUACAACAUUGAAAUUAAGCCACCUGAAGAUGAAACCCAUCUGGUAAGCUGGAAGUCUCAAUUGGAAGAGGAUAUGAAGAUGCUUCAGUGUCAGGACAACAAGAACCACAUAAGUGAAGUUCUAGCUGCAAAUGAUGUUGAAUGUGAUGAUCUUGGUUCCAUUACUGUGGAAGAUACCUUAGUUCUCAGCAAAUUUAUUGAAGAAAUAGUGGUAUCUGCUAUAAGUUACCAUUUGAUGAAUAAUAAGCAUGAAUAUAGGAAUGGGAAACUCCUGAUUUCAUCUCAGAGUUUGUCGCAUGGACUGAGUGUGUUUCAGGAACGUAAGUCAGCUGGUAAGGAUACAAUGAAGCUGGAGUCACGUGCUGAACCUUCAAAGGGAACUCGUGCUGAUAUUAAGCCAGAAAGUAAAGCUGCUGGUCCAGAAAAGAAAAGUGGGGAAGCAGCUUCAGUACCGACAUCCAAGGAUGUGGGUAAUGAAGCUGCAGGUCCAAAAGCCCCUGACAUACCUCCUGACAAUGAGUUUGAGAGGCGGAUAAGGCCAGAGGUCAUCCCUGCCGAUGAGAUUUCUGUGUCAUUUGAUGAUAUUGGUGCCCUAGAAAAAAUUAAGGAGUCGCUGCAGGAACUAGUGAUGCUUCCACUUCGUAGACCAGACUUGUUCAAGGGAGGACUUCUGAAACCUUGUCGGGGAAUUUUGUUGUUCGGUCCUCCUGGUACUGGCAAGACCAUGCUGGCUAAGGCUAUAGCCAAAGAAGCUGGGGCGAGUUUCAUUAACGUAUCAAUGUCUACCAUCACAUCUAAAUGGUUCGGUGAAGAUGAAAAGAAUGUCAGGGCAUUGUUCAGCCUUGCAGCUAAAGUUUCCCCUACCAUUAUAUUUGUUGAUGAAGUUGACAGUAUGCUUGGGCAAAGGACCCGGGUUGGUGAGCAUGAAGCUAUGAGAAAGAUAAAGAAUGAGUUCAUGACGCAUUGGGAUGGACUAGCGACCAAGCAAGGGGAAAGAAUCCUUGUUCUCGCGGCAACCAAUAGGCCGUUUGAUCUUGAUGAAGCGAUUAUACGGCGUUUUGAACGGAGGAUAAUGGUGGGGCUACCAUCAGUUGAGAACAGAGAAAAUAUAUUAAGAACUCUUUUGUCGAAAGAGAAGGUUGAAGAAGGAAUAGAUUACAAGGAGAUUGCAAUAAUGACAGAAGGAUUUAGUGGUAGUGAUCUCAAGAAUCUCUGUACCACUGCUGCUUACCGACCUGUUAGGGAAUUGAUACAGCAAGAGAGGUUGAAGGAUUUGGAAGGAAAAACAGAAACUGAAGAAGGCCAAAGUACGGCUGAUGCACAAAAGAGGAAAAAUUCAAAGGAGAGAGUAGUUUCUCUGAGGCCCUUGAACCUGGAGGAUUUUAGGGACGCUAAAAACCAGGUUGCUGCUAGCUUUGCAUCUGGAGGAGCAAUCAUGAAUGAGCUAAAACAGUGGAAUGACCUUUACGGAGAAGGCGGCUCGAGGAAAAAGGAGCAGCUUACUUACUUUCUGUGAGCUUGGAAAAGACGAGCUCGUACCUACUUGCCCUGUGGCUUCGGAUUUACUGUUUAAGUUGCAUGGAAUGCUCUGCAGCAUUCUAGAUGGUGGAAGGACAUGAUAUAUCAUAAGUUUGACAUGGUUUUAACUAGCUUGCUUGUCCUUAGUGUGUGAUUUAAAUUUCGACUUACUCGUUUAUAGUUGGGAAAGCUUGUCAUGGCUUCUAAUUGUAAGAAACUAACUGAUUAGUGCAGAUAAUGGAAAUGAAAGGGCAUAAAACCGUUUUGAGGUUA